CAGUUCAUUGUCGUCGUUGAUUUAGGAAAGAAGAGUUUUAAUCAAAAAUGAAACAAUUUAUUGUAUUUCUGGUUUUUGCAGCCACAACAUGUCUUGUUUCAUGCAAUGACAUCACCUUGAACUGCGCAUUUAAAACCUCAAUAUUCAAGUCCACACCGCGAUCAUACGACUGCUUUAUUGAGUCAUUGACCUUCUCAGCAGCUGAUAAAGUUGUUGCUGUAACUGGUGAUCACGAAGAUGGCAAGACAAAUGAUGAUGUGACUGGAUUUGUGGCAAUUGGAAGUGGGAUUGAGGUUUUUCCACGUGGUCUUGAGAAUGUGUUUCCAAAUUUAUUAAUUGUGAGUCUUCAAGGAUCUUCAAUUCCUACAGUAAAUGCUGAUGAUUUUAAAGCAUUUCCGAAUUUGAGAGAUUUGGAAAUUUACAGCGGAGAACUGGAAACAAUCACAGCUGACAGCUUCAAGUACAACAAAAAUCUUGAGUGGCUUGAUAUGAGCAGCAAUAAAUUGAGAUCAAUUGACAUUAAAGCUUUUCAAGGUCUAGACAAGUUAAAGGCUCUAUUUUUAUAUAAGAAUGUUUGUAUUGAUGAAUAUCCAGCUGGAAGCCGCGAUCGUGUUCUUGAAUUGAUUGAGAAAGUUGGACAAAAAUGUUAAAAUAAUUGAAAUA